ACAUUUUUUCCGGGGAUCUCAGGGGGGGCGGUUUCUCACAGCGCUUACAGUGUUUGAGGGACAGACAUGCGUCGUGCAACUUUUCCGCAUCGCGCUGCAGUUCUACUUUUGCACUUCCUCAUUGAUCGCUGCACUUAGUGGAAAGUAUUUCUCUUUUAAUUCAGCGCAUUCCGAAACAGUUGUUUUGUGUUUAUUUAGAGUUACUGAGAAAAACGGAGAUGUCAAAGCCGCCUCCUAAACCUGCCAAACCAGGGCAAGUGAAGGUGUUCAGAGCUCUCUUCACCUUUGACCCGAGAACUCCUGAUGAGCUGUACUUUGAAGAAGGAGACAUUCUGUACAUUUCAGACACGAGCGACAGUAACUGGUGGAAGGGGACCUGCCGAGGCCGAACGGGGCUGAUCCCCAGUAAUUAUGUUGCUGAGCAGGCCGAGUCGAUAGACAAUCCCAUGCACGAAGCCGCUAAGCGAGGGAAUCUCAGCUGGCUGAGGGAAUGCCUGGAAAAUAAGGUGGGAAUCAACGGGCUGGAUAAGGCUGGAAACACUGCCCUCUACUGGGCAUGUCAUGGAGGACACAAAGAUGUUGUGGAGCUCUUGCUGGGACAUGGAAAUAUUGAGCUGAAUCAACAGAAUAAACUGGGAGACACAGCGCUGCAUGCUGCCGCCUGGAAGGGAUACUCUGACAUUGUGGAGAUGUUACUCAACAAGAAUGCCAGGACAGACAUCCUGAACAAUGAGAAGAAGCUGGCUCUGGAUAUGGCCACCAACGCACAGUGUGCCUCCUUGCUGAAGAGGAAACAAGGAACCACUGCUGCUCGAACACUCAGUAAUGCAGAGGAGUACCUGGAUGAUGAAGAUUCUGACUGAAACCACAUUGUGUCUGUGCUUAUCCACUGGG